UACGGUAAAACAUGGCCAACAGAGAAAGCAGGAAGUACUGAAGCUGGCCAUGUGCUGGAUAUGUGUUUCUGAUGUUGUUUAACGCAUGGAAGUGUUCACAAACGAGGCGUGAAGUCCAUUGCUGUGUGUAAUCAUGAUAACACCAGCCUUUGAACUGAGCCAAGACGCCAAUUUCCUUACGCUGAUUAUUCGUGUACCCUACACCAGAACAUCUGAGUUUGACAUCUACAUCCAGGAAGACGAUUUGAAGUUCUACGCCAAGCCAUACUUUCUCAGGUUGACUCUGCCUGGGAGAAUAGUAGAAGAUGGCCGGGAGAAAGCUUCCUUCGAUGUCGAUAAAGGUCUCUUCACGCUGCAUGUCCCUAAAGAGACGGCCGGACAGCACUUUGAGGGUUUGGAGAUGCUCACCAGUCUCCUGGCUCCUAAAGGAUCAAGAUCAGCCAAACCCUUGGUGGAGGACACAGGUGUUCUCUCGGGGGCCUGUGGUGGAGGAUGUGAGGAGGAUGAUGAAGAGGAGGAGUUUGAUUGGCAGAUAGAACAAGAGAUGUACACCGAAACCUCAGCUGAGAUGCUGAAAGAAUACCACAAGUAUGGCUUUGGAAACCUCAGGUCUGGAGUCUUCACUAGGCUGCAAGAGGAGCUGAAUGAGGUGAUUGACGUGAAGGAUCCCGACAACACCGCUCCUGAGCUCAGAAGACGCGAUCGACUAGAUGCAGAGACUACAAUUUUUUGUACUGACCAUUAUAUGGUAUGUUUGUAUGAGGAUGAGGAGGAGAUCAGAAACCUGCUGAAGUUUAAACCAUGGUGGAGAGAACUGAGCCCCGACUCUUCAGCAAACUCUGACACCUCAAUAACUUUCACAGAAGAGGAAAAGGAGCAGAUGAGGAAAUUCACAAACCGUUCGUACUUACUGGAUAAGAAAGCGCGCUUCCACGUCUGGCUGGGUUUGGUGGACAUCAUUCUGGCGUAUGUCUAUGAUGUGCGCACUACAGAGGGAGAGCACAAUGUAGAGUCGGCCUGGACCAUCAGAAAGGUCAGCGGUACUCUCAGCUGGCUGGAGACGUAUCACUCGGUACAAGAUGUGCUGGUGUCUUUCGGCAGGAGGACUUUGUGCUACCCGCUCUUCCGGCAUUUCUCCCUGAUCACAAGAGCUGUGAGAGACGUUGCUUGCAUUUUUCAGUCUGGGAAGGCCUGCAUCCUGAAAUGUCUGCUAGCCAUCCAUAAGAUCUUCCGGGAGAACGAUCCAGCCUACAUCCUCAAUGACCUCUACAUCACGGACUACUGCAUCUGGAUCCAGAGGAUCAAAUCCAAGCAUGUGCUCGCACUAGCCGAAACCCUGCGGAAUGCCAAACUGCACAAAAACGAUCUAGAACUAGAGCUGGAGAUACUUGAACAAGCUGCUGAACUUGCGUUGAAGGAUGAAGAGGAUGAAGAGGACUCCAGCAGUGGCAGUGACUCUGAGGAAGAAGAGAGCGAAGAAGAGCAACCUGAAGAAAAGACCCAAAAUGACCGAGCGGAACUCCGACCUCUUGAACCUGAGGUCAUCUGUUGUGAAGUUGUGAAGGAAGAAGCGCUGACUGAAGCUUCCCCCCUCCGUGUUGAGUCCAGACGGAUGAUUGAAGAGCUGGGAGAGAGCCUGGAGGCGGGGCUGACGAUUGAGGAGGAUGUGCCUCGGGGAAGACGCUCUAUUAGCGGCAGUAACACCGAGCGAGAGGGAGAGCGAAAGAGAGAGGCAGACUAUUACCAUCGGUGUGCAGCUGAGACGGAAAGAGACGCCGCGAAAGCAGCAACCAGCAGAGAGCUACUUGAUCCGUGCCUUCAGAGGAAUCCACUGCGCAUCAUAAGCACUGAUGAAUUGGACAGUGACGAUGAUGGAGAUCUACUUCUUACACUGGUAAAAGAAGGACCAUAGUGGAAACAUUCCUUGGAUACUACGAUUCCUUCCCACUAAGAGUAACGGAUGUAUCCUUAAGUCUAUCUAAGAGCUUCUGCUUUUUCAUGGAUUUAUAUUGUGAAAAAUGAUGGUUUAAUUUGUGGCAGUGUCGCUGCUUUUGAAAAUAAGACUCCCCCCCCAGUGUACAUUUAUGUAAUUCAGUUCAGUUCAGUUUAUUGCAAAAUAUAGCAAUAAAAAAGUUUGACUUCUA